CCUGACCCCUGUAUAAUACAUUGCUUGUGGUAUUUCCACUGGAGUGAUGGAGAAGAAACAUGCCUUCACAGAUACAGGAGCCACUUAGAUACCGUUCUGUUUUUAGGCAGGGCUACACGGAGGAAUCAUGGGUUUUCUCCACCCAAAGUGACAUCUGAAAAUUGUCCAUCUUCAUCUAAUGGCGAGAUGGAUCCUCACGUUUCUACCGUAGAGGACGACGUAGAGGACGACGGAGGGGGAGAGGACCACAGCCUGGAUACUAUCAGUCUACUCUCGGAGCAGGAGGACGACAGAGCAACUCCUGUCAGCGUGGACAUCGAGGGACAUGCGGAGCAGGACGUCUUUGGUGGUGGGAUGGACAGCAGCAGCAGGGAUGUGUCUGGGGGAGACAGCGGCGGCAAGGGCGUGGCCGGGGGAGGGGGAGACAGCAAUGUGGAGGAGCAGCUGGUUAUGAUCGAGGAGAUGGUUCACGAGAUGAAGCAAGGGUUUGUGAUCGCCAUGGAGGAGCUGACAAAGAUCCAGGAAGGAGACAACCACCUCCAGUGCCGUAUGCAGGACCACAGAGACAGCGUGGACAGGGCCAUCUCAUCAUUUAGGGAGCAGCAGACUAACCACAAGUCUGAGCUGAUAGCAGACAUCCGUCGGGAGAUUCAGGAGGACCGAGAACGUCAUCAGCAGAACUUCACCGACAUGAUCACCACACUGAAGAAUGACAUAAACACGGUCUCUGGCCACCUACGGGAAGUUCUUGACCUUCAGAAGGGGCUGCAGAACAAGGUCAGCACCCUGCAGUCAGAGAGGGACAUCCUCCUGGGGGAGCUGGUCAAGAAUGGCGCCUUAUCGGAGAAAGUCAGAUAUCAGCUUGUACAGCGCGAGGAGUCACUGACCAGACAGGGACUCCAGAAGUCAGCCAGGGUCGUCAAAGAUGAUUGCGAUGCAGGGGCAGCUGUUGAGGACGACGUGACGGCGUCAGCCUGCAAGUGUCUGAGUCUGCUGCAGGCCCUGGAGGAGCGGUGCAUCCUACCCGACUUGUCCGACUCAAGUGACGAUGACGACGUCCACACCACAACACAGCAGUGGCAGCAGAAUUCAGGUGAAAAGUCCAGUCAUCAGAUGUCUGCUCCUGAGGCCUAUACAGACUACCAAACUAGAGACACAGCAGAGAGACAGCAGUCAGUGCAGGACAUCGUCGACUCUGAGCGUGAGUACUGCAGCCAGCUGUGGGCGCUGCUAGACGGCUAUCUCACCCCGCUGCAGGAGGGGCUGUACGUGAGCACACGGGAGCUUAACCUGCUGUUGCCGCCGUCGCUGCAGCAGCUGUACGAGGAGCACUGCCACAUCCUGCAUGUCCUGGAGGACCGGCUACAGCGCUGGAGCUGGGGUGGCAUGGUCGGUGACGUCUUUGCUAAGAUGACAGACAGCCAGACUGGCAACCUGAUGUCGCUGUACAAGGAGUACCUGUCUGACUUCCCCGCCGCCGUCAACUGUCUGCGCAGACAGGUCACCCAGUCCAGGAAGUUCCGGGACUUCAUUAAGAGGGAAGACCGGCCCAACUCUGGAGACAUCGUCUCUCUGCUGACAGCUCCCAUACGGAGGAUACCCCAGUACUCGCUGCUCCUGCAGCAACUGUUGAAGAACACAGCAGUGUCGCACCCGGACCAGUAUACCCUGCAGUGCACCCUGACUAGACUCCGCAGCUUCGUCGACCAGUUCAGUGAUGAGAUCACUCACACCGUCAGUCAAGACAAGGACACAAUCAGGAUGGUUGCUCCUUCGGUGCGGUCAAGUCCUAGCGGCAGCAGCUGCGACACCGGUCAACCAGCCAGCGCCAGGGACAGUGGCAUCCACUCCAACGGGGAGGAGCAGCACCCUCAGCAGGGCUACAACAGAAGCUACACCCCUGACUGGGUGGAGAUGACUAGCAACUACCGUGAGGGUCGCGGAGCUCAGCCACGGCUGUCAGCACAGAGUCAGCCAGACCUGACCUUUGGCCGGCAUUCCACUGGUCAACUGCCACAGGGGUAUCAAGGAGAUGGCUCAUUCACAGUGCGACCUUCGACAUCAGACAAGAUGAGUCACCACAAGCGAUACAAGCUCAAGAAAAAGGGGGAUCGUCAGGGGGGUUACUAUCAGACCGGGAGUCAGACCAACUUGCCCCCUGACUAUGCCACCACCUACAGCCUCCCACACCACAAACAUCGUCCCGCAUCAGCCAUCGACUUCAUCUCGCGCCAUGAAUCAUCCCAGCUCCGUCAUAGCCAUGAACACCUCCACAGUCGACCCCAGUCAGCCAUGGGCUUGCCCGGUGUGCCCAACAACCGUAGUCGCCCCAGUCAUCAUCAAGUCAUCAGUCGCCGUCAUCAGGACGGUGUGAUGAACAGAUCCAUGCCUGGUACUAUAAACACUUCUCAUUCAUCGUCAACGAUUCAUUCUUCACAUCUCAAUAACUCCUUCCCAGCCCAGAGGUCUUUCUCCCCCUUCCCACAUGACUCCCCCCGAAUCCGAGUGAACGGACAGAGGCGGGAGAGUUACCCUGACAGCUUCCAUGGAAUUCCGGGUAGUAAUUAUGGUGUGUAUGGUGACGAGGAACACGGUAUUACUAGUGCUCAUAACUUAAAAUACAGCGACCCGAACCGGCAUUACAUUGACAGUAGUCAGUCCGACCCACGCUACACGGACGACCUUGACCUAGCUGUGUCUUUAGCUGAUAGUCUGAGUGACCAGGCCAAUGUUGCACUCCAGGACGGGAUCACACAGAGGACCAUGUCGCAAGGCUUCGACACUCAGAUCACUUCUCCAGGCUCUGAGGACCAGGGGCCUGGGAUAGAGUCGGCCUCCAGCCACAACAAGAGUGAUCGCAGCAUGCAUACAUCAGACCUCCAGCUCAACCUGGAGUCUGUGCAGGACGCUCGGAGUGACACGGGGGAAGCUCACAUACAGCAGCCAGUCUUGUGCUCCGAUUCCUCCGACCAACCAAACUCCUCCUUUGAUGAGUCUGUGAGGUCCGAGUCUCGGAACAGUGAACUUAAGAUGGAGGAGAGCUCGGACAUCCUUCCCACCAGUCAGUCACAGUCCCCCUCACAUUCCUCCGACACAGAGUUGAGGAGAGUUCCUCCAGCGGCCGUCCCUAUCCUCACCCCAACUCACAACUCUGUGUCGGACACCAACGGUAACACCUCCCACCCUGGCUUCUCCUCACACUCCAGGAACUCAAGGCUUGACAUAAACCCCUUUGAGAACUCUGUGCUUUCGUUUGAUGAGAGGUUGCUGUCAAAUCACAAACCCCUGAACAAACCAGCUGAUGUCGAGAGGCAAAAGUCCGACAGAUUUAACUCGAGGACACGAAACACAAACAGGUUGUCCUCUCCCUUCCCCCAGCCACGCCCGGCUGACUUCGCCCCAGACCUGCACACGUCCCCCGAGGAAACUGAUGGUCUUCAGGCCAAGAAAGAUAUCAAGAAAAAGAAGGAAAAAACAAAACGAUAUAAUUCCAUGGAGAACCUUUCCAAAUCCUCAGAGGAUGUCAGUUCCAAGAAAACUUUCAAGUCGUCACUGAAGCACUUCUUUGGGAAGAAGAAUGGGCUGCUUCCCAGCCUCCCCAGGGUCAAGCCGUCGCCCCACCCACAGCCAGGAGGUUCGGUGCGAAUGGACAAACUAGAGGCCCAGUUUGCCAGGGAGCAUGGCAUCCACUACAUUCCUCCAGGACCUACCGACAAGGGAGGUAACUCCGCUCUCAACAACAACAAUGACACUAAGAUACCACUAGUGAAACUUGUUGAGCAACAGAAGUCGUGUAGUACUGCAUAGGAUCAGUAGGUCUCCGACAGUUUCCUCGCUUGCUCGUGUUAGGAAAGAUGGCAUCCGACUAGAAGUUGUAUCAUUGAGCCCUUGGAGCGAGGACAGGAUAGUGGGAAUCCAUGCUGGUAUUACAUGUUGACAGGUGUUGCCAUGGACAGAGGGUGUUAAAUAGAUGUGUGGCUGAGUGGCACCUGAUGGACAGGACAGUGUCUCAAAGUUGUCAAAAGUCAUCUUCCUGAGGCAAGACAGCUAACUGACUAUAAAAGUCCAGAUUCCACCCCUGCCGAACUAGGCUGGUAUAAUGGAGUUACAUUUUGGCUGGACAAACGAGUCUAUGCAUAGUCAAAUAAAAUUUGUGCAACAAGAUCAAAAUCCGGUUCAUAAACUGUCGUGCAGAUUUCGGUCGAUUGCGUGAUUUGCAAAGCAUGCGCACUCCAAAAUUUGUCAACAGAUGUUUUGCAAGCCUUUUCUUGUUUUUGAUCAAGAUGCUCACAUGAUUUGAUGCACUCCACUAUGAAAGACCUGUUUUAUCACAAUGAAGAUCUUGAUGAACAAUCAGAUUGUCUUGACUGGGCUAUGCCAUUUUGUUUGAAACAAAUGCAAGUUAUACGAG